AUGUACAGAUUGAAUGCAGUGAUUAAUAGUGAUAGCAAGAGUAUUGUCAUCGUCCUCUGUUUUUUCCUUAUGAGAAUACUUUCAUCGUUUCUACCGCCGGCGGGUUUUCUGCAGUCUAAAUCCGUGAGGCCGAGGCGAAAAUGGGCCCCACCCCCCGCCGCCGCCGCCGCCAUUGUUGGGGAGGAGAAGGAGAAGGUGGUGGUAGUAAUGGGGGCGACUGGGUCGGGGAAAUCGCGGGCUUCUAUAGACUUGGCUACCCGGUUUUUCACGUCGGCAGAGGUGAUCAACUCCGAUAAGAUACAGGUUUACAAGGGGCUGGAGAUUACGACGAACAAAAUCACAAUGCCGGAGCGGAAGGGGGUCAAGCACCAUCUUUUGGGGGAGUUUGAGGCGUCGGAAUCUUGGCCGGAAUUUUCUCCGGCGGAUUUCCGGGCCGCCGCCGGGGAACGGGUGUCGGAGAUUGCGGGGAGGGGGAACGUGCCGUUUAUCGUGGGUGGGUCCAACUCCUAUAUUUACGCUUUGUUAGUGGAACGAUUCAACCCCGAGUUAAACGUGUUCGACGAGUCCAACUCGGUUGACUCGUUCUGCCGGGAGCUUCGCUACAACUGCUGUUUCCUCUGGGUCGACGUGUCCCCGCCGGUGCUAAACCGUUACCUCUUCAAGCGCGUGGACGACAUGAUGGAUUCCGGCAUGCUGGACGAGCUCUCCCGGUGGUUCUCCGAUCCGGGGAACCCACUGAGUCGAACCGGCCUGGCCAAGGCGAUUGGCGUCCCCGAGUUCGCCGAAUAUUUCCGUUCCGAAAAAAGGGGGAAACGGUUAUUAUACGAGGAGGCGGUGAGGGAGAUCAAGGUGAACACGCGGCAGCUAGCGGAGAGGCAAGUCCGGAAGAUCCAACGGCUGAGAGAAGCGGGCGGGUGGGACCUACACAGAAUAAACGCCACGGCGGCUUUUGCGGCGGCGAUGGGGUCGGAAUCGGAAUCGGAAACCGCCGAGAUUUGGGAGAAUCAGGUGGUGCAACCAAGCAUGAAGAUUGUGGAGAAGUUCUUGUUGGAGUAGGUUUACAGCUAUUUCCAGCUCUCUCACCCUCAAUACAAAAUAUUUUUAUUUCCACUU